AUGGCGGUUGAUGUAUCCAAUGAGGCAGCAGUUGCUCCAUCUCAUUCAAUCGAGAUUGAUCAUUAUCAUCCCCUGUAUCUGCAUCCAUCAGAUACAUCAGGUAGCUUUUUGGUUUCGAUUCAACUAACUGGUCCUGAAAAUUAUGCUAUCUGGAGUAGAUCUAUGCGUCUAGCUUUACUAGGAAAAAGUAAGGUUAGUUUUGUUGAUGGAAAGCAUACCAGAGAAGCAUUUCUUUCAUCUCUUCAUGAUCUAUGGGAAAAGUGUAAUGCCAUUGUUCUCUCAUGGAUCAUCAAUUCAAUCAGGAAGGAACUCUUGAGCAGUGUGAUUUAUGCCUUAAAUGCAUCAAAAGUUUGGAGUAAUCUAAAGGAAAGGUUUGAUAAGGUUGAUGGAUCGCGCAUUCAUUUUUUACACACGGAGAUUCACUCUAUGUCACAAGGUACAUCUACUGUUUCUGACUAUUUUUCUAGGUUGCGUGAAUGCUGGGAUAAAUUUGAUGCCAUAAUGUCUUGCCCAAGCUGUAACUGUCCUGAAUCUAGGAAGUACAUGCAACAUUUUGAUUAUCAACGUUUACUUCAGUUUCUCACUGGUCUGAAUGAGUCAUAUGCCCCCAGUAGGAGUCAAAUUCUGAUGAUGACUCCUACUCCCACUAUCAAUCAAGCUUAUUUUAUGGUGAUCUCAGAGGAAAGCCAAAGAUCUCUUGGAAAAUCAGUUCAAAAUCUUAAUAUUAAUGAAGGAGCUGCGUUUUAUACAAGCAAAGGAAAUUUUAAGCCUAAUUCCGGAGGGAGUGGAGUACAAUUUAGGCCAUCUACUGGUCAAGGUCAUCCUGAGCAUAAUAGGUCUGGUUUCUACAUAGGUUCUAGUUCUAACUCUGGGCCAAGCAACUCAGGACAUGGAAAUGCUGCUAAUUUUGUUAAUAAACAUGAGAAUCCAUCAGAUAUGGAUGGAUAUGCAGUUAACUUUAGUAAUGCAUUGGGUACAUCUUCUCAGAGUUCUCAUCCCAGUGCUCCAUAUUUUACUCCUGAGCAAUACAAUCAAAUUCUGCAAAUGAUUGGACAGAACAGUGAGACUAGUGGUACUGCUUUAUCUGCAGGUAUGGUUAAUUACUCUAACCAAUGGAUAGUAGACGCAAGAGCAACCAAUCAUAUGGAUCUCUUAAGUGGAAACGUGAAGGGGAUUGCUAAUCAUGUUCAAGGUCUAUAUGUCGUGGAUUCUCCUUACCUGAAUGCAGGAAGUGUCAAACCUGAGUGCAUCUACACUAGGUGCCAUUCUGCCUUAGUAGAAAAUUCAAAGAAUAAAUUGAACAACUUGAAUUGCUGUGUUGACAAUGUAGACUUUGAUCACAAACAUUGUAUUGUAUGCCCUUUGGGUAAGCAAACGAGAAUUCCUUUCCCUCUGAGUACGUCACAGUCUGAUGCUUGCUUUCAUAUUGUUCAUGGUGAUGUCUGGGGUCCCUAUAGGGUACCUACUUAUGAUGGGAAAAGUUUACUCAAAUGCUUAGGGAUAGUGCAUCAGAGUUUUUGUGUUUAUACUCCUCAACAAAAUGGAGUUGUUGAAAGAAGGCAUGGAUACAUUUUAGACACUGCUCGAGCUAUCAGAUUUGAAGCAAGUGUUCCUCUCAGGUUUUGUGGAGAUUGUCGGCCAAUGCAGUGUUAUGUAACUUCCUUGAAGAAGUCAGGCAAAUUUGCACCUAGGUCUGUUCCAGCUGUUUUCCUUGGUUAUUAUUUAACUCGAAAAGGCUACAAGAUGUAUCUUCUUGAGGAAAAAUCAUUUACGAUCAGUCGAGAUGUAGUGUUUACGGAAGAUGUAUUUUUUCAACACUUGUCCACUACAUUUCCUCCUAUAUUUUCUCCUCCUUUGUGUUCCACACAAUACCGUCCAGCUGAGUCUAUAUAUGUUCCUCAUGAUCAUGAUUCUCCUCCACAUGCUCUUGAAGUUAAUCCUUCCAUACCACCUGAAGCUGCUCUUGUGUCUGUGUCUACUUCAGUUGAGCCAGUUAGAAAGUCCAAUAGAAUUCCUAAACCUCCCAUUUGGAUGAAAGACUAUAUUUAUCCUACAAGAACAAAUGUCUCUUGUCAUUUUCCUAUUUCCAAUUAUGUGAACUAUGAUCAGAUCUCUGACUCUUAUAUUUCAGCAUUGGCAGCUUACUCAGCUAUUUUGGAGCCUACUUCUUAUUCUGAAGCUUCUUCAGAUCCUAAAUGGAUUGCAGCCAUGCAGUCUCAGAUUGCUGCUUUGAUGGAUAAUAGCACAUGGAGUAUAGUAGAUCUACCUUCAGGUAAGUCUCCAAUUGGGUGCAAGUGGGUGUACAAAAUCAAACACAAAGCUAAUGGGGAGGUUGAACGAUAUAAGACACGGUUGGUUGCUAAAGGGUUUAAUCAAAAAGAGGGGCUAGACUAUACUGGAACUUUUUCUCCAAUUUCUAAGACGGUGAUUGUCCAGUCUGUUGUGGCCCUUGCUGCAGCUAAGAAGUGGUUUAUCUACCAAAUGGAUGUGCACAAUGCAUUCCUUCAAGGUGAUAUCUUUGAAGAGGUUUACAUGACAAUUCCUCAAGGGUUUGGCAGCCACAGGGGAAUGAUAAAGUGUAUAGACUGCACUAAUCUCUUUAUGGUGUUGAGUCAAUUUAUGCACAAGCCUAACCAAUCUCAUAUGGAGGCAGCUCUAAGGGUGGUCCGAUAUGUCAAAGCUGAACCAGGUUUUGGACUGUUAAUGCCUUCAGAAAGCUCAGGCAAGCUAGUAGCCUAUUGUGACUCUUAUUGGGGUGGAUGUCUUGAGUAUAGGAGAUCAGUUACAGGGUACACUGUGAAGUUUAGUGAUGCCUUAAUAUCCUGGAAAUCUAAGAAACAGGAGACAGUAGCAAGGAGCUCUGCAGAAGCUGAGUUCAGAGCCAUGGCAUCUCCAGUUGCUGAAAUAACCUGGCUGGAAGGUUUGUACAAAGAGCUAGGAGUUAAUAUCAAACAACCUAUACAGUUGUUUUGUGAUAGCAAAGUUGCAAUUCAAAUUGCUGCUAAUCCAAUAUUUCAUAAAAGAACUAAACAUAUUGACAUUGACUGUUAUUUGUAA